AUGCCCGCUGCUCGCAAAGGAGACGGAAAACCAGCCACCUUUGGGUGUGCCUACGAAGGAUGCGGUCAGACUUACAGCCGUAUGGAGUAUUUGAAGCGGCACCAGAGAAAACACCAGGACGAACGUCCGUUCCAGUGCAAAGACUGCUCCAAGGCAUUUGCCCGUAGCGAUGUUCUCCUGCGUCACCGUCGCAGAUGCCAUCCUACCCCGCCGCCACGCGACCGCUCACCGCACUCGCCCAUGCCCCCUGUGCGUGCCCACCCCUCUGUGCCUAUCUCUUCCUCGCGUACAUCGGAACGCGAAGCUUCCCCCGCCCGCGCUGGCCGCAAGCGUGCUUCCGAGAACACCGAAAACGAGCCUGCGAGCUCGAGGCCUCGUUUAUCACCGGGCGAGGAAGACGAUGACCGAUUCGACUCACGGUUCUCCCGCAACGGAAUGGGCAACGGCGGCGUCUACGGUGUCUCCAAUUAUUACGGAAACAACCCGGUUUCCACCGAUGGCGACUACACAUCGGGUAUCCUGCCAAUGUUCAACGGCGCCAACAACGCCUUCCACAACAUGCAUGAUCCCAAUCACCUAGAGGAUGCGUCUGUGCUGCUGUCGAUGGCCUACCCUGGUGGUGUCCCCGGGUCCGACGCCAGCCCGACUAUCGGUAUGGUGCUGGGGGAGACCGGCGGUGCGGAGGAGACCGCCGCUGCGGCCACCACCAAGACAGACGACGCGAACGACAACAACGAGGCAACUGUUCCUACCUCCGAGAAUGAGGCCGACUCUGCCAAGUCGGGUUUUGAUUCGGGCGCCGUCGAGAACCCGGCUCGGCCGGCGGCGCCGGGAGCUGUGCUGCCCGAGUCGAUGGGGAACCUGGACGGAUCGAUUAACUGGCUCAAUGCCAGUGGUCAGGAUGGAGGCGACGCCUCGAACUGGCUCUCAUCGGACUCGUCUCGUCCCCUGUCACCCUUCAACAUGACCAACCUCUUCAACUCGUCCUCGUUCAACCUGUUGUCUAACGAAACAACUGCAAUGGCGAUCGCCGCAGCGGCUGCGGCUGCCACGGCGGGUGUCAGUCCGAACACCACCAACUCUGAGGGCGAGCAGCAGCAGAACCAGAACCAGCAACAGCAACAGACGCAGCAGCAGCCGCAAAGGAACGUGAACGACGUUGUCGCCAGGAUUCUUGAGCAGCUCGCCAUGAACGAUGUGCCCGAGACGAGGGCCAACCCAAACCCCGAGCGCCCGCUCCUCCGUCUCGCCAACAAAGAGAUCGUGAUUCGUGGAGGAUCAGAGACCCCUCAGUCCUCCAGAUUCUACCUUCCCGCCGACCGCUUCGCUGGUUGCUACCAGAUCCCCCACUGGGGCCUUCCCCCUCUGCGCACGCUGUCUCUGAUGGCCGCGCGCACGUACUACACUGUCCUGAACCACUGCUCGUUUGUCCAUGAGCCGACAUUCCAGCUGAUCGACACUGCCGCGUGUCUCGCUUUUGCCAUCUGUACCGUCGGAGGAAUCCGUCCGAGCGGACGCAACCUCGCCCUCGCUGCGGCAUCCAAGUCUACAACUCAGGACAGGCUGCUCGACUCUGCCUGGGAGGGCGUCUUCAACGAUUAUGGCAACUUUGGUGUUGGAGUCGAUCCGGAGGAGGAGGAAGACCGCCGCCGUGUCGAAGAGUGGGAGGGCGGCCAGAUUGUGCGCCACGAGAAGACCAACAUGCUUGUCAAGUCAUUCUCGCUCGCCAAGGGCGUGCUCAUGUCCGAGUACAAUGUCGCUCUCCUCCAGGCCCUCAUCCUCUACCACGCUCCGUACUUCCUCUCGGAGCACGAGCACGAGCGCCGUCAGGCCAACAUGUUCCUCGCCACGAUCGUGAACAUUACGCGCCAGAUUGGCUUCUUCUCUACGGACGAAGACCACGUGAAGCCCAACACGAUUCUGCCCACCAUCCCCUUCUCGCCCUUGGAGCUUACCUCUGCCUGGAAGCGCUGGGUGCACCUCGAGUCCCGGCGGCGAACGGCCUUCCUCGUGUACCACCUGGACACGGUGUCCGCUCUCGAGUCCAACUUUGGCCCGGCGAUCAUUCACCCGUCAGAGGUUGCGCAUAUCCCUCUCCCCGCCCCGGAUAGCGUGUGGAAGGCCAGCUCCGCUGAGGAGUGGUACCGUGCGUGCCAGUCGUGGCGUCCGAUGACGCUCGACGAGGCGAUGCGCCGGACGUUUGACCUUCCCCCCUCUGGACCCCUGGACGAGGCGCCGAAGGGCUUGGCGCUGGACCCGAAUCUCCUCCACGACGGAGAGUGCGGUGCGUUUGCGCGCACCGCGAUCAUCAUGACGCUGCUGCGCGGCAUCAUGGACCUGGGCGAGGGCCGCCGCUCGCACGGCGACUGGCGCGACCUGACUGACCUGUGGAUCUCGGCCAACCACCUGCGGCCGAGCAAGGUGUGCCUGUCCGCCGAUGGUUUCCCAAUCGGCCAGUGCAGUCCGGAGGCGCUGCGCGCGCGUUUCAGCCUGGGGCUGCAGCGCUGGCGUGCCGGAUGGGACGCGGACCCGAGCUGCGUCCAGCAGGCGUCGUCUCCCGCGCCGUCCAUCCCAACCCCCGCCGCCAGCACGCCCGGCACCGUCAGCGAUACGGCGAGCAGCACCAAGGGCGCCCCGCGCCCCGUGUACUGCGAGGAGGCGCUGCCAUUCUACGUCCUCUCCAACUCGCUCAUGGAGGUGCUCGCGGGCCAGCCGCCGACGUCGCGGCCAGGGUUCAACGCCUUCGCCAACGUCAAGUACGACCAGAUGCUGAAUGCGAGCCGCAUUCUGGCGCGUGCGGGCGAGAUUUAG